AAUCUCACGAAACAAAUCCGAAGCAAGGAAUUCAAAACAACACAGGGCGUUGCUGUAGCCUGUAUCAUCAUCUCAGUCAUCCCUCUCUUCUUACGCCGCCGACAUAGUAACGGUUCGCCACCGUAGCGUUUCGGCGCCGCCGAUUCGUCCGUACGCCGGAGAUCCAAUUGUAGUUUAGUCACCAUUCUUGUGUUUCCAAUUACUCCGAUUAGUCCGAGUGUUUGGAUUUUUACUGUUUUCAUUUUCUUCAUUUCGUCAGAAGGCAUACAAAAUGAUUGGAUCAUUUCUUACUAGAGGACUUGUGAUGGUCUUUGGCUAUGCAUAUCCUGCAUAUGAAUGCUUUAAAACCGUGGAAAAGAAUAAACCAGAGAUUGAGCAACUUCGUUUUUGGUGCCAGUAUUGGAUUUUAGUUGCUGCAAUAACAGUCUGUGAGAGAAUUGGUGAUACUUUCAUUUCAUGGGUACCAAUGUACAGUGAAGCAAAGUUGGCAUUCUUUAUAUAUCUAUGGUAUCCUAAAACAAAGGGAACAACAUAUGUUUAUGAUUCCUUCUUUAAGCCAUAUGUUGCAAAGCACGAGACAGAAAUUGAUCGCAACUUGUUGGAACUAAGGACUAGGGCUGGAGAUGUUGCAGUUCUGUAUUGGCAAAAAGCUGCAAGCUAUGGCCAGACAAGAAUUUUUGACAUUUUGCAGUAUGUUGCUUCACAGUCAACACCAAGACCACGUCCUGCUCAGCAACAAGGUGCUAGGGCUCGCCAAAAACCUGCUGCAGCAAAUCGCCGGUCUGCUACUGCAACACAACCACCUCAAACAGAAGAACCACCAUCUCCAACUUCUAGCACAACUUCAAGUCAGAACCAAGAGGAGGCAACCCAAGAAGAGCCGCCUCCAUCACAGGAACCUAAAGAGGCAGCUCCACCAGCACCAACCUUGAAUGCACAAAAAACAACUGUAACUCAACCCGCCACAGAAACCACCAGCCAAUCAACAUCAAAUGGAGCAGAGGACAUGCAGAUCGAACCAGUCUCGUCUUUGCCAAAUGAAAAUGCUAAUCCUCAACCACCGGAGACUGUCAUGGAAGAAACAAUUCGGGUUACCCGAAGUAAAUUCAGGAAAACCCGGUCCACAGUGAACCGCUGAACAACGAGGUCAUGGUGUUUCCGUUUAACUCUGCAAAAUGUGAGUAAUUAGACAGUAGAUGAACAAAGAUGGGUAUUGGAUUAUUGAUGUUGAUGUACAUUUGUCAGCUUUCUACUUCUAUUCUAUAUUGGUUACUUUAUCUCU